AGACCCUUGUCAUCGCCUCUCCGCGGCUGCAGCCUCCACUGGCCUUGCGGCGUCUUACGAAAACGAUGGCUUCCGAGGACGAAUGCAGAGCCAGUCACUCAAACAUGCCAGUCAAGCCAACAGCAGCUCCGCGGGGGGUGGACCGGUGCUGGUACGUGGCAAUAAUCUGCGCCAUGACCACAUUUCUUACUUCCGCCACCAUACGGUCAUCGGGCUUCCUUUACAUCGGAAUAAUGCGAGAAUUCCAAGCAGACCGUGGUCAAGCAGCCUGGCCGAUUUGCCUCAUGGGAGCCAUGGCCAAUAUGGCUGGUCUCGUCGCUGGCCCACUAAGCCAGAAGUACACACCUCCGCCUGUCAUGUUCGCCGGAAGCAUAAUAAUGGCCGGAGGAAUCAUCGCCUCAAGUUUCGCACCGAGCAUAACAUGGAUCGCUGUAACUCAGGGAAUAGUGUUCGGCAUAGGAUCAGGCCUGGUGUUCAUGACGCUUCCGGUGUUCAUCAAUCAGUACUUCGACAAGUACAGGGGCUUCGCACUCGGCAUCACUUACACUGGCUCCACGAGCUCCGCCUUCGUAUUUCCGCGGCUGCUGCUGUACCUCGAGAAGACGUACAACUUCAGGAGCAGCAUCAUGAUUUUCGGCGCUAUUGUAGGUCACGUGAUACCUAUUAGCCUCCUUCUGAAAGAGCCGCCGUGGAUUCGCCGCAAGCGAAUUGAAGACGGACUGGCUUCGAAGCACGCCAAACAAGUAUUUACGAUUGAGAAGGAAAGCAUCACAGGGCAUUCGGACACAACCCCGAACGGCGCUCUUCAAAGUGACUCAAAAGACGUUAACGCAAAACACAAUGCAAAGAGACACGUGAACCCCUGGAGCCUACGUCAUGGAUUUACUGUGCUCAAGAGUCCCAUGUUUUAUGUGGUGAUGUUGACGUAUAUUUUAUUUGGCUACAACUUCGACGUCUUCAUGGCCACCAUUGUUGACUUUGCGAUUGACAGGGGCACAUCGUUGGAGGCAGCCGUUGGACUUAUACCACUGUUCUCUAUGACUGAUACAUUCGGACGCCUGUGCAUCCCGCUACUCGCUGACAGGGGGUACGUGACGCGCAGUACCCUGGCCAUGUUCACCUACUUGUGGUUGGCGAUCGUACUUCAAGUGUUUCCGCUUGUGUGUGACUACUACCAGCUGCUAGCUGCCUGUCUGUGUCUCGCCAUGGCAAUUGGGUGCGGCGUCACGAUGUAUCCGACUCUCAUGGCUGACUAUAUGGGCAUCCAGAGGCUUCCAAUCAGCUAUGGCAUCGUCGGUACUGUCGCCGGCCCGUUGUUUAUUAUGAAGCCACUUUUUAUAGGCUAUUUCCGGGACAACGUAGGUUCCUACGACAACAUGUACAAGUUCCUCUCGUGCGGGCUCUUCGUGGUGGGCUUCGUUUGGAUAGCCGUGCGCUUGACCGAAGGCCGCAAGCGCAAGGCAUGGCAGCCCCCUGCACAGGGAGCCACUGAAGCCUUCGUUGUUGCUGGCCAUGCCUUCUACUGUAACCCUGGUUUCGUGGCCAUGGAAUCCGGCUGCAGAGAAGAUGACCACACAGCAUCCAACGCGCCGAAAUCUACUAUGGAAUGCCAUAUUGUUUCAACAUGACACUUCGAAGAUCAGUGUAUCGUUGAAAACGUGUCAACACCCAUCCCAAACAUUGCCGCUCCAUUCGUUGAAAACAGAGCGAUUGCUAACAGCGGCAUGGGAGAGGACAGGACUACGGGUUGUUAAAAGAUUUAUUAGAUACUCUCAACUCGUUCUAUAAAGAACUUUUACCCGUUACAAGUGAGAACAACACCACCAUCCAUGCGCGUGUGAACACAAGACUGCCGUUAUGUUGCGGCACAGGCGAUGUAGAGCACACGGCAAUCAGUCCUUGUACCCUUUUGAAAACUGUCAAUAAGUUAAACUGUAUUAAGCUGAGGAUAUAUACAUGACCUU